GUAAACCAUGUACCUUAAAAGCUCAUCUUGCAAAUCAUUGCCAAGAUGUACCUGAGAAUAUCCAAAAGUAUUGGCGCAAUAAAUUUAUAGAUGAUAGUUAUGCAUAUUCAAGAAAUUUACAAUUAAAAGCAAUUUUGCCUGUACAAGUUAGUAAUGAUUAUGAUAGGAUUCUUCUAAAAGCUUGGACUGUCACCAAUAUUUCAUUCAAAGUGAUUGAGAAUCCAUUUAUUGGAGAUUUAUUUAAGGCUCAUAAUCCUGCUUAUGUAUUAUCAUCAU